UUUAGUUUUAACAUUAUAUAUAUACUAAGUGAAGUUUAAUGGCCAACAAUAGAAGAACUAACCUCCACUUCCUAAAAAAGAGGGAUAUCAACCAAAUAACCGCAGGAUUAACGAGACAUUAGCCACGCUUGCUGAACAGCUAAAUAUCCCACACGAUCCACACGAUACAAGAUGGAGCACGGACAAAAAAAGCGGAAGCAUUUCUUAUGUGACGGAAAGCUUUUGCGCCAUUCAAUUAUCUGCAAGGUUACCCAUAUUUUCGAAGUUGCUUUCAUAUCCAUUUAAAGACAACCUUCUUCAAUUAAUGAAUGCACCAUAACCAGGGAACUUCAACCACGUUUUCCAUCUAAAAAUGGAUUUCAAUUUGGGUAUGGACCUCUUUGGAACAGACGUUCCGCUUGAGAACCGAGAAAUAACGUGCACCUCUCCAGAAAACUAUAUUAAAAGUGAAAUAACGUUUGAAGAGGAACAAAUAACUGAGACAACUUUCCUAGACUUGCCAAUAGAACACAUUUGUCAAGUGGAAGUGGGCACAGCUCUGGAAACCAACGAGGAGAAUUUAUCAAACCUCAGCAAUGUAGGCGAAAUGUCUGAGCUUCAGAAAGAAGCUGAACAAUGUGCUGAUCAUGAUUCUAAAUUUUCCGAUGCAUUGAAUGACCAUAACUAUACGUCUCAAGAAGUCGUGGUGGGCCAACCCAAGCCAGAUAGUGUUAAAGAUAUUCUUUUGAGUUACAUUAUUUCGAAUGGAACGCCGCCUGAAACAGUUUCUACUCAAGUAACAAGUUUUAUUGAUAGUACAAUUAAGAAAAUGAAGAUGUUUCAGUUGGAAAAUGUAAGCAAAAAAACUGACGAAUUGAUUCCUACUGAAUGUCCAACUCGAAGUAAUAAUACAACUUUGUCAGAGAAUUGCUCGGAGCCACUGGAGGUUGAGGCCAAUGAUGAAUAUUUCGAAAGCCUUUAUGAGAAUAUGAGCGAAAAUAAAAUCGCUUUCAGUACUAUUCUUAGCAAUACAACUGAUUUUGCAAAAGAUUUCUAUGAUGAAUGCCAAUUACUAACAUCAAAAACAGAAGAAGAGUUCAAAGACUUUAUAUGUGGAAAAAUUCAAAAACUUAAGACAGUUGCCAAUAUAAUAAAGACAACUGAUCAGUGCGUCCAAACAACAUUUUCCAAAGGCUCCAUAAGAAAAAGGCGUAGAAUUAAUCAUAAUGCUAAAAGAUAUCUCUUAGACACAUCUGCUUCCUCCAGUAUGGAUAGUGAGUGCGGCAGUUGUGAUGGUCUAAAGAAAGAUCUAAGUGAAAGUAAUUUAUUGGCAUCGGAUCGGUUGCAAGGCUCAAAAGCUCGCAAUUCAAUUCGAGAAUUUGAAUAUAGCGAUGGCAUUGACCUUAGUAAAUAUAUCAACUUAGAUUUUACCAAUAGUAAAUUCCGACAAAUGUCCAGCGAAGAAGUUGACAAUGAUAAGAUGUUUUCGGGCUCAUCAGAAAGUAACACGGAUAAGGAAAUAGAAAGGCUUACCAAUUUAAAUGGUCUCAAAAAACGUCAUGGACACACCCGAGGAGUCAAAUCCAUUGAUAAAAGCAAUCUCAAAUCGCUAAGUAUCAAGAGUUCAAAUACGCCCAAUGAUUUUGAUGAUGAUUUGGCAAUGUAUGACACUGAUAAUAGUUUCAAAGAAAGUGACGAUGAGGUUAUAACGGAGAAUCAGUAUCUUUCACGAUUCAAUGAGCAAAUAAAAAUGCAAUUACUAAAUGAAUCGAACAGUGAUUCUGGACUUUCAGAUCAAAGUGACUACAAUCUUUCCAAGGAAUCUUCUACGGAAGAUGAUAAUAAGGGAGAUGUCGUAGACAAGUUUCUGCAAGUUUUUAAAUGCGACCAUGAUGAUAUGGUGAAGGAUGAUAGCAUUAAUGAGACCAAAGAGAACAAACUUGAAUCUGAAAAGAAAGAGUCCGAUAGUUUUGAAGUUAGCGAUGAACUAUGGAAUGAUAACUUUACAAACAAAAAUAGAUCUAAGAAAUCUUUAGAGAAAUUAAUGGCUGAAGCAGAAAAGCGUAAUCAAAAUGAAGAAAUCGUACUUAGUUCAGAAAGCGAUUAUUCUGACGUUGAGCCUGAACCCGUGGAAGAAAAAACGAGAUUAAUUAAGCCAAUGCUGCGUAUGGAUCAGUUGGCGAAUGAGACGAGAGCUGCCCAAAAAUCAGAAACUGAGCGAAUACGAAGGCUGGAAAAAAAACAUGUGCUGCUUUCAAAGGCAAUCAAAAGUAAUUCAGGAAAUACAACAAAAUCUGGCUUAAUACUCGACUAUAUUGAAAGUACUAAAACGUUUGUAAAGGUUGAUGACGAAAUAGUUAAACAACUGAAGCCGCAUCAAAUUGAUGGCGUAAAGUUUAUGUAUGAUUCAUGUUAUGGUGGAAUUGAUCACAAUAAGAAAAACUCUGGUUCGGGAUGCAUUUUGGCUCAUUGCAUGGGCCUCGGAAAAACUCUACAGUUAAUAGCUCUAUUGCACACCGUUAUUUCAUACAAAGAACUAAAUACAACGAAAGUCUUGGUACUCUGUCCCAAGAGUACUGUCAUGAAUUGGGCUGAUGAGCUGCAACGCUGGUUGGGACCUUUAAGAAGUACCACUCAUAUAAAAGUAUUCGUUUUUCCCGAUUCAUCUGAUAUUUUAGAUAAAUUACGAGUCUUGGAAGAGUGGUCGCUGUCGUCCGUCAACAGAGCAGGCUGCUUGUUGGUUGGCUAUGAGGCUUUCCGAACUCUUGUGUUUUAUCACUCUUAUAAAAACCGUGGCAAUUUAAGUUCUGCGAAAUUAGAAAAUAUUCGAGAAAAAGUUAAUAAAUAUUUACUGCAGCCAGGUGCAGAUCUUGUCGUUUGUGAUGAGGGCCAUAUCAUAAAAAAUAGCAAGUCAGCCAUAAGUCUAGCUGUUGCAAAAAUAAUCACACCAAAGCGAAUUAUUUUAACUGGCACUCCAAUUCAAAAUAAUCUCAAAGAAUAUUACAGCAUGGUUAACUUUAUAAAACCUUUAUACCUCGGAACUGAAAAAGAAUUCGCCAAUUUAUAUGCAAAUCCAAUUAAGAAUGGACAACAUAAGGAUUCAAGUAAAAAGGAUAUUACCGUCAUGAAGCAGAGGUCGUAUGUUUUACACAAAAAGCUGUCCAAAUUUGUACAGAGAAAAGAAGCUGAGUUACUGAAGACGUUCUUGCCGCAAAAAUUCGAAUAUGUACUCUUUAUUCCUAUGACUGCAGUUCAGAAUACUCUAUAUGAAUACAUUUUGGAAGCUAUUGCAAGCCGUGGCGAUAGCCGAGGGAAAAGCCUUAUCACCGACUAUACCGUUUUGAGAAAGAUAUGGACACAUCCCAAAGUUCUAGAAGAUGCAUGGAAGAAUGCGAACAUGCAAAAAAACAAAAAGGAUAACAAAAAAAUCGGAUGUCCGCAUUCGGAUGAUGAUCAACCAGAUGAUAUUUACGAUAGUCAAACAGGUCUAAUUUCGGUGACAAAUGAUUGGUGGCGGAAAUAUCUUUCGAAAAAAGACCUGGAGACCAUUAUGCCAAGUAACAAACUACGCACUAUGUUUGCUAUUCUGCGUAUGUGUGAAGAAAAAGGCGAGAAGUGUUUGAUCUUCUCUGCUUUUGUUGCAGUACUUAAUGUGGUCGAAUACUUUUUCAAAAAGAUAACGGAAUCUGAUGCUGAAAUAUUACAACACAUUCAUAUACCAUCGAGCUAUAAAGUUUCAAACACUUGGAUUAAUGGCCAGGAUUAUUAUAGACUGGAUGGCAAAACACCCAAAAAUAUCAGGCACGAAAUGAUAAAACGGUUUAACAGUGAAGCCAACCGACGAGCUCGCGUUUUUCUGAUAUCUGCUAAAGCUGGAGGCCAGGGAAUAAAUUUAAUUGGUGCUAACAGAGUAAUAAUAUUAGAUACUUCGUGGAAUCCUUCUAAUGAUCAACAGAAUAUAUUUCGGAUCUUUCGUCUGGGUCAGAAAAAAAAUUGUUAUAUAUACCGUCUAAUAGCUAUGGGAACAAUGGAAGAAAAGGUCUACUCUCGAUCCGUCACAAAGCAGGCAAUGAGCUUUCGAGUUGUAGAUGAACAGCAAAUUGACAGACAUUAUAAUAUGGCAGAAUUAGCUGAGCUUUACACAUUAACACUUCCUCAACAAUGUGAAAGGCCAAUGCCCUUAUUACCAAAAGAUACCAUAUUAGCACACCUUUUACGUCAAUCAGAGUUGGUUUAUAAAUAUCACGAGCAUGACAGUCUAUUAGAAAAUAAAGUGGAACAGGAAUUGAGUGAGCAAGAAAAAGCAGAUGCUUGGGACACAUACGAAAGAGAAUUGCAAAUGAAUUUAGCCCAACAAGAAGGAUUAAAUACCGACAAGAUUCAAAAUUCUAGUCUGCCAACCAAACUAAAUUCAUAUUUGGGUUCUGUUCCAAGCCUUGAUAUGCAAACACUUUUAAACUACAGUCUUCAGUCUGCGUCACUCAUUCCACAGUACAAUUAUGGAUUAAAUCCAAAUUAUCUAGAUACUUUAAAUUUGUAUCAAAAGUAUACAUCUAUGCGUUACCCUGAUAUUAACUCUUGCUUGAAUGAAAAUAGUUUUGCUUCAUCUCCUUUUAACGUUAUGAAUACGCCUAGUCUAAAUCGCUUACAAUCGAGUUCAUCGAUUAUGCCAAGCAUGCCAAGCAUUUCAAAUACAAAAUUACAGGCUAGAGACUUUGGCUUAUUUGAUUCCCAAAAAGCCCGCAGUAGCUCAAUGAAUCAUUCACAACUUCACCAUACACUUGCAUCAGACCCAUCAUUGCUUGAUAAUGCAUCGGGUAAUUCAAACUCAACCAACGUUCUUUCUAGCUUAGGUCCUUACAAACAAUUGCUUGAAAAUCCGUUGUCAAGUCUAUUAAAUUAUUCGCCUCAGGGUUACCCUAUGCCUGGUCAAGUGGAAAAUUUACAUUCGACUUUAAAAGGAAACUUUAAUGCCUUUCCCAGUUCACAUUAUUCAGAAAGAGUGCCAGAUGCAACUGACAGUAUGAAUUUAAAGGAUACAUCAACGAAAUUAAAAUCAUCCGUUGAUCAAAAUGUCGCUCAAAAUGUUAGCUCCAUCGAUUUGACAUCGGUAACGCCAGCUAAACCAGCGGCUAGUGCCACGCUCUUAAAAAAUGGUCUGCCUUCGAAAACACUUCAAAUGCAACCCACACGUUCAGUGGAUCAGACGAAACCGACGCCAGGUGCAGAGUCUGCUGCUACAAAAAAGAAUUCGAAAUUACAGCGACAUGUAAAUAUGAACUUACAAAUGGAAGACGAAAAAACAUCAAAAAAUCCUAUUGGAAGAAAUGUUAAUUUCGCGUCUGUUUCAAAAGAUUACUUAAAAAAUAAUUCUGAAAUGCAAAUAAUACCAACAACUAGUCCGCCGGGUACAAGUAGCAUUACGAAGCAGCUUAAUGAAAUGUCCCCCAGCAUUUCCCUAACUGCUGUAAAUACAUUAACUGAAAAAUCGAAACCUAGAAGGCAGGCCUUGCAAAAAAGUUCUACUUCCAUUUUAGGUACAGAUAGUAGGCAGAGUACAAAUGUUUUCAAAUCAAAAAAUUCCCUGCAUCCCAAUAUUUCAUCUUUAUCAAAAGUUUCAAUAACUUCACCUAGGACCGGAAGCUCUAAUAAAUUAACAAGCUCUGAGUUUUUAUCAGCUAAUAAGAAUAGCGCUGAAACAAUACCAAAUAGUUCUACGUCAUUGACGUCGUCACAGAUACUGAAUAAGAAUACUUUGCCCGAAUCGUCGCUUAAAGCGAAGCCAACGAACAUUACUCAAAAUAUAUUAAGCACUCAUCCUAGUAAACUAAGUUCUAACGACGAAGGAUAUCUCGCCAAUGAUGGGCCAACGCGAACAGAUGGCAACUUACAGGGAGAAAAGUCACACUCAUUCGUGAGAAAGAGAUCAACUGAAACCCCAAGGGAAAAUCUAAACAGUAAACGAACAAAACUUUAAAAUAAAUUAAAAAAUCCUGAAUUUAGCACUGUUGAUUGCAUUACUUGUGGUAAAUUCAUGAUUCUUUAGUUAAAACUUGACUUAUUAAAUGUAUUUUGUGUACAGAUUUUAGUUCUCCAUGAAAGAUACCACAAUGCGUGUGAGAAAUAAGUAUCCACUUCAAAAUAUUGAAGACCAGUGAUCAGAUCUUUUGCUCAUAGUUACAGUGGUUGCUUUCGAAUUGUGUAGAUAUACUUUAAUUUGUAACUUUGAAUGAAUUGAAUGAAGUGAACAGUGAUCACCUAAAAUAAAACAUGCAUAAAUUAA